AUGCCUGCCAAAAAGGGUGACUCAAAGUCAGCGGCGAAAAAAGGAGGAAAAGCUGAGGCUGAAAAAAGCAAAGGCAAAGAGGAAGAAAAAAAGGGGAAAGAUGACAAAAAGGGGGCUAAAGAUGACAAGAAGGGAGGAAAGGAUGAUAGGAAAAAGGCAAAAGAAGAACCUAAAGGUAAAGGAAAAGAUGACGGGAAGAAAGGAAAGGACAAAGGAAAGGGGGCAAAAGUGGUCAGUGAGUCAGAAGAGGGUUCAGAUGCAGAGCCGAUUGAGGAUGAGGAAGAUUUAAGUGAUGAAGAUAGGGAGGAAGAAUCAGAAGAGGAUGGACGCAAGCAUGGAAAGGGUGGCGCUAAAGGCAAAGCAGCAAAGGGAAAGUCCAAAUCAAAGCACAUUGCAUCGGAUGAGGAAGAUGAAGAAGACCAAGAGGAUGAGGAAGAUGAGGAAAAUGAAGAAAGUGAAGAAGAUAGGAAAGGAAAAAAGAAAUCAAAAGAUGCCCAUAAAUCAAAGUCCAAACCUGAGGCAGAAGGAACAAAGAAAAAGCCGAAGAAGAAGGAAGAAGUUCCACCUGAGCCAGCACCCGAACCUACAAAGAAACUAUUUGGGUUCCCUGGAAUUGGUAAGAGCUCAAAGAAGCGACUAAAAAAUACAUCUAGGUUGUUUCUAGGACUUGGCAAGCAAAAGAGUUUUGUGGUUAAAAAAAAGAGAAGGAAGUCUGUUUUGAGGAAUGCCCCAAGGUUUCUGAUGCGCUUUAAAGCCAGUAAGAAAAAGAAAAAAGAAAAGGAGCAGAAUGAGCAGUCUGGACGCAAGCCAUCCUACAUGUUACUUAGGAUUGGUGGCAACAAACCGGCAGAGAAGAAGACAGGGUUUUUUAAAGGACUUUUCGGAAAAAAGAAUGCAGGAGAUGGGUCAUUUUUUAAACUCCAUAGUCGGAUAUUGGGUAAAGUUGCUGGAGCAACAAACUGGCUAACUAAAAGGUUCCUCUCAACAAAAUUGAAACAGAAACAAUAUAGUAGAAAUCAUGGCCGCUGGGGACAGUCAAGCACUAAACGAUUUCCUGGAGGAAGCCGACAAACAAGUAUGCGAGGACCUCACGGUCAUCACAACUACGCGUACGAACAUGAUUUUGAUGAAUAUGACUAUAAUAACCACAGCAGAAUGAGAUCUGGUGCAUUUAACAGACAGUCAUUCCAGAGAAACCCAGACUGGUAUGAAGAUCCUGUAGACUACUACGAGCCCCAGGCAUAUGAUCAAGACUAUUAUGAUAUUGAGGAUGAGUACUACAACCCACAUAUGGAAAUACAGAAUGGAGGAGAAUAUUAUGAUGAUGGUUUGGACUACUAUAACACAUAUUCUGCACAACCUCAAAUGGGCUACUACCCAGAGGAAAUGGAGUACUAUGGCCAACAGCACCUUAUGGAUCCACGUUACACUGAUAAUAUGGAAUAUUAUGAUGAGAACGAGUAUCUUAUAGACGAAGGUUAUGAUCCUUAUGGAGAUGAAAUUGAGUUUUAUGACCAGGGUCAGUUUGAUUACUUUGAAGACCCUCAGGAAUUGUAUGACAAUCUAUAUGGUGACGUUGGAGCAACUGAUCCGUACAUAAAUUCAUAUGGAGCUUAUGAAGACCCAUACCUCCAGGACUACCAGUUCAGUUACAGUGAAUCUGGCGUCUCUCCAUAUCUUGAAUCUUCCUACAACAUGUACCAGCCAUAUGGUUAUACUAUGCAUGAUGUCAUGGAGGGUGAUGAGUUUAAUGAUAUGGAUCCAAUGAAUCUUCAAGGAGAGAUGUUCAGAGUUCCAAGGCCUCAGGUAAAACUUUUUGGUAAAGAAAGGAUAGCAGUUAAUCUUCCUCCAUUGCCACAACAAUAUGAUCCUGUAAAUGUACCAUUCAUUUCUGGUCCCCUCAUGGAUGGUGGGUUUCCUGUACAAACACAAGAGCUGCUGCACCCAGGGAUACCCCAGGUUCCCACACCAACUGCAAUGUUAAUUAAGCAAGCUAAUAGUCCUCAGGGGUUUGUGAGCCCUAACAUUCAGACUUCACAUAUGACACCCAUGACCCAAGGUGGUACGUUUCCUCCAUCACCUACACCAAGCAGGAGGUCCAUGGGAAUGAUGGCUUCCCCUGUACAAAGACCCAUGUCCCCAAUGUUAGCAAGAGAAAGAUUUACAGAGCCAUUAAUGGAUGUGGGACCUCCCCAAGUUCCCAUGCAGAGACAAAGCUUUCACGCUUCUCCUCAGCCCUCCAUACGGAGAAGACAGAGUCCCUCUCCACAGGCCUCCAUACGGAGAUUUGGGGCUAGGGAUCUGCCUCCAUCUCCAAUAAGAGGAAUGUCAUCUCCACAUGUUCAACGUCCACCUUCCCCAUUUGGACAAAGGAAAGUCAGCCCACCUGCUUCUCCAGCAGCCUUUCGUCGUUUCCAGCCUCAGGCCUCAUUCAUCGAAGCCAGGUCUUCCCCGAUUUCUAUGGGCCGGCAAAUGCCUAGUCGAAUGCCUUCAUUUCGCACAAGCCAUCUAGCUCCUGCUCAUGGUUCCAUCCAUAAGCAAAGCCCACCCCAUUCUCCCCGUGCCUCCGUAAGGAGACCGAGUCCAGUUCCUUCCCCAUCAAUAACUCAUCGUCCAUUUGGUGCAAGAAAGCUUCAUGGUUCCGCAUCACCUCCUAGGCAAAUAAGCCCUCCAGCCUCUCCACAAAUGGGAAGGCGUCCUAUGGCUCAAAGAUCAUCACCUACACCAUCACGGAGAAGUUUUACAGUUGGUUCAGAAUCUCCUCAACCUCCACUGCCUGCUGGACAAAGUUCACCAUCACCCAACUUUUCUCGUAGGUCAACCCGUCUUAUGAGGAACCCACCCCCAUUCGGAACACCUGGUGGUCAAAUGCGUGGAAUGGGACGUCCAAAUAUUCCCAUGGGAACAGUAAAACCGUCUGUGGGUCAAAUGGGUCGUUUGGGCACAUCAACCAAAAAAAUACCUCCAUCUCGAGCAUCCAUACGUAGCAACAGAUCGGUCAUGGCGCAGGAUAUCAGAGCUUCACCAAAGCUUCCAGGUCAGCAUCCUGGAAUGGGGAUUCCUCCAGGACGAGCAGGUCCCACACGGAAUACACAAAGACCUGUUGGUCUUGGCCGUCCUCUGAUGGCCAGGCAGUCUCUGAGGCGAGGACCCCCUUCACCACAGCCUUCUAGCCCUAUUUUGUCAAAUGCACUGCAUAAUCCUCAAGUCCGUGGUGCCAGCUACAAUCUGCCAGAUGGCACACUGGUACAUGGCAGGCCAAUGGUGGCUCCAGCUACCUCUCCAAUGCUCACUAAUGCUUUACAAAAUCAACAAGUUCGGAGCGCUUCCUACAGGCUUUCCGAUGGGACCAUAAUAAAUAUGGAGCCCCAGCUACAACAACCCUUUUCACCAAACAUCUCUAAUGCCAUAAAUAAUGCAAACAUAAGAUAUGCUUCUUAUAGGCUUCCAGAUGGUACUAUAAUUACCACAGACCCGCUUCAACAACAGCAUCAACAAGCCGCUUCUCCAAAUCUAUCCAGUGCUUUGCGAAAUCCAAACAUUAAAAAUGCUUCCUACAGACUUCCAGACAAUUCCAUUAUUGGAGAUUACCACCAAAGGCCAGUUUCUCCCAAUCUCUCCCGUGCACUUAGAAACAAUAACAUUCGAAACGCAUCCUAUAGGCUGCCAGAUGGAACGGUUAUUUUUACAGAGCAGCAAGUGCAACCAACUUCUCCAGCUCUGUCAAGUGCACUUCAGAACACGAUGAUUCGAAAUGCAUCCUAUAGAUUAAGUGAUGGCACAAUUCUUUUUCCUGAGUCAAAGCCUACCUCCCCAAAUUUAACACGUGCACUUCAGAACACUCAGAUGCGGAAUGCUAGAUACAGAUUACCAGAUGGGUCUAUUAUAACCACACAGCUGACCACCCCUUCCCCUAAUCUGGCCAAUGCUUUGCAGAAUCCAAACAUGCGUCAUGCUAGCUAUAGGCUACCUGAUGGCAGUAUAAUCAGUGCUAAUCCAGUACACCCACCAAGCCUAGCGAAUGCCCUUAAAAAUGUGGACAUCAAAAAGGCCUCCUUUAGGCUUCCAGAUGAAUCAAUAUUUUUAAAUAACAAACCCAUCAGUCCAAAUCUAGCAGAGGCCUUGAAAAACCCAAAUCUUCGCAAAGCCAAAUACCGACUACCAGAUGAUUCUAUUUUAUAUGCGGAUCCUCAUAGUUAUGCCACCAAUCCGAAACUUUCACAAGCCCUUUUAAACCAAAAUCUUCGUCAUGCCCGUUACCGAUUACCUAAUGAAUCCAUUCUCAUGCAAGGUUUUGCAGUUGCAUCGUCACCUCAACUGCAAGACAUUCUAAAAAACACUGCCCUAAAAAAUGCCUCCUAUCAGCUGCCGUCCGCCCUAUCUACUGUUACGGCAUCUGGAUUGAUUAUUGGACCGGACGGUAGAUAUGCAAUUGUGUCCCCGCAAAGAAAAGGUGCUGAAGAGCAUUGGGCAAUGAAUGCAAGGGAGGGACAAAGUGCAGAGGAUGUGUGGGCUGCAGAGAAGGUUUUACCCCAUGGGACUGUACAAAAUCUUACCAAGUGGUCUAUGUACCGUGACGAAAAUAUGAUUGACCACCUUCCUCUGCCAUCAUUUGUUGCCGGGCCCAGGGAAGGUGAGGUUCAGUGGGUACCAGAUCGGGAAGGGGAGCCCACAGGCCACUGGUAUGAUAAGAUGUACUCUAUAAGAAGUCUACCUACCAUGAGUUACAGGGAGAAAAGAGAAGCUGAUGGGCUUGAGGACAUGACACAAUUAGAGGAAUUAACAGAAGCAGCAGUUUUAAUGAACUUGAACAGUCGCUUUGACCGGGAGCUCAUAUACACUUAUAUUGGCUGUAUUCUGCUAUCAGUGAAUCCGUACAAGCUAUUGAACAUCUAUGGAACAGACAAGGUCAUGCAGUAUAACGGCCAUGGCUUAGGAGAAAACCCACCGCAUCUCUUUGCAAUUUCGAACCUUGCCUACACGACAAUGAUGGACGCCAAGCAGAACCAGUGCAUUAUCAUCAGUGGGGAGAGUGGAUCAGGGAAAACGGAAGCCACCAAACUGGUCCUGAGAUACCUCACUGCCAUACACCACGAGCGGAACAUAACACAACAGAUUGAGAUCCUGGAGGCAACUCCUCUGCUGGAAUCUUUCGGGAAUGCCAAAACGGUGCGGAACGACAACUCCAGUCGCUUUGGGAAGUUUGUCGAGAUAUUUCUGGAGGAAGGUGUGAUAAGCGGUGCCAUAACUUCACAGUAUCUACUGGAGAAGUCCAGGAUUGUUUUUCAGGCAAAAAAUGAGAGGAAUUACCACAUCUUUUACGAGAUGUUGGCCGGACUCCCUGUUCACCAGAAACGCGUGUUUUACCUGCAGGAAGCCGAAACCUAUUACUACCUGAACCAAGGUGGUGACUGUUCGAUCGAGGGGAAGGACGACGGAGAGGACUUCAGAAGGUUACAGAGUGCCAUGGACAUUCUCCACUUCAGCCCUGAGGACCAGAGCAGUGUCUUCAGAGUGCUCUCAUCCAUCCUCCACCUGGGGAACGUCUUCUUCCACAAACUCGAGACUGAGGUGCAAGAAACGGCUGGUAUUGUGAGCGCUCAGGAGAUCCGUGUGGUGGCUGAACUACUUCAGAUUUCUCCAGAAGGUCUUCAGAAAGCCAUCACCUACAAAAUGAUGGAAGCUAUGAAGGAGAAGAUAUUCACUCCUCUGACUGUAGAGAGCGCUGUGGAUGCCAGAGAUGCCGUCGCCAAGAUCCUUUACUCGCUGCUCUUUCACUGGCUAACGGAACGAAUCAACGGUCGCGUUUAUCCCAGAAACGAAGCUCUCUCCAUAUCUAUAUUAGACAUUUAUGGAUUCGAGGUCGUGUUAUGCUCACAGGAGGAGUACGUACGAGAGCAGCUCAGCUGGAGAGAAGUGUGCUUUGCUGAUAACAGGGCGUGUUUAGACCUCAUUGCUGCUAAGCCUCAUGGGAUACUCCGCAUUCUCGAUGACCAGAGCUGCUUUCCUCAGGCCACUGACCACACGUUCCUUCAGAAGUGCCACUAUCACCAUGGAGAAAACCCGCUUUACUCCAGGCCAAAGAUGCCACUGCCAGAGUUCACCGUCAAGCACUACGCAGGACGAGUGACUUACCAGGUCCAGAAAUUCCUGGAUAAGAAUUAUGAUCAGGUUCGACAAGAGGUGCUGACGUUGUUUAUGCAGAGUCACAACCGAAUAAUUUCAAACCUCUUUCUAAAGUAUAGCGAGAUGUUAAAUCAGCAGAAAAACGGAACGCAGAGAGAGAGCACAGUCACACGACGAUAUCAACCCUCUACUGUCGCUGCCAAGUUCCAGCACUCUCUCCAGGACCUACUGGACAAGAUGGAGAGGUGUAACCCGUUAUUCGUGCGCUGCAUAAAGCCAAAUAAUAAUAAGGAACCGGGGCAAUUCGAGCCAGAACUGGUGGCCGCCCAGCUCAGAUACUCGGGAAUUAUGGACACCAUCCUCAUCAGGAAGGAAGGCUAUCCGGUCCGAAUGACUUUCCAUAAAUUCUUAAACAGGUAUAAAGCGCUGCUGGGGCUGAAGAAUGCCCCGCCUCCAAACGGAGACAACUGCGUCAUCAUGCUAACAAAGCUGUGUCCAAUCAAAAAAGGCGAUUACCAAAUGGGCGUGUCCAAGCUCUUUCUAAAGGAAGAUGUCUAUCAGCUUUUAGAAAGUAAGCGCGAUCGCAUGAGGCACCUGGCGGCGCUGACGCUUCAAAGAUACGUACGGAUGUAUUUCGCGCGUAAAAGCUUCCUGAAGUUCCGCACGAACAUGACCAAGCUGCAGGCCAGGUGCCGAGGCUACCUCAUGAGGCGAUUUUUCCUGCAGAAACGCCUGAUCCUCAUCAAAUUUCGCUCACCGAUUCAGCUCAUCGUCAACCGCAAACGCUACAUCAGGGAUCACCUGCUCAUGGUCAGGAUGGCAGAAGAGGCACGAGUGAGUCGAGAGGUGAUUAACGUGUCCCAGUUGGUCAUUCCUGCCGAACUGGGAGAGCUGCUGCAAGCCACAGCAGAUGGUAAAGAGGUUCAUUCCGAGUGUUUGGCUCUGGCUGAAGCGCUCAGGGUGCAGGUUAAUCCUCAGCUCACCCUCCCUCUGGAUAUCAAUAACUAUCUAAUGACCAAAUACAUCCGGUCCAACUUCAGGGAGCUGCAGUUUGGAAUGCUCACCGCACCUCUACAAGCUUCUCUGACUCGUCUGGACGAUAAUCUUAAACAGGACGCUCUCGACAUCUUUGUACUGGUUUUGCGUUUCAUGGGCGACCCGAACUUGAACGGUGCUCAGGAGAACCUGUUUGGGAAUUACAUCAUCCAGCGGGGUUUGGCUACUCCACCAAUCAGGGAUGAGAUUUUGGCUCAGGUAGCCAAUCAGGUGUGGAGGAACGAAAACCUGCGCAAUGCCGAGAGAGGCUGGCUGCUAAUGGCGGCUUGUCUGAGUUCCUUCGCCCCGAGCCACAAACUGGCCAAAUAUCUGCUGAAGUUUGUAUCUGAUUACGCGCUGAAUGGAUUUAAAGCGUUAUGCCAACACAAGCUGCUCCACGCCAUGCAGAAGUGCCAGCUGGGAUCGGAGGCGGCGCGGACGUACCCUCUGUCCCUCCUGGAGUGGACCUCCAACCGCAGAAACGCCCACAUGGCCCUCCAAGUGCACUGCCUGGAUGGAAUGUCCUUGCUGUGUCCAGUUCACUCCUGGACGAGUGGUGAGGACCUGUCCCGUGACGUUCUGCUGCACAGGGGCGUGUCCUCGGAGAGCUGCUGUGGUUGGUCGGUGCUAAUGAAGGAGGUGGGACAGUGGGUGGAGCUUGAAGGACAUGACUACGUGAUGGACCUGGUGUGUGAUCUUGAGCUGCCGUCGGAUUUCCCCAAGCAGAAAAGCUACUUCAUCAUCUCCACACACGAUCCCACCAGAGUGCGGCACAACGCCAGCAUAAGUCUUUUUGGGAGCGGAUUCGAUCCAGAAGAUGAAGCACCAGUGACCAGACAUCUGCCCAUCUCUGAUGAUCACUACAGUCAGGGUCCUUUUGACAGAGCUCAGAAGGGAAUGGAUCGCUACGUGGACAGCCUGUUCGAGCCUGUGCUGUCAGAUGGAACAGGGGACAUGGACCCGUCUGCUCUGUCUGGAAGAAUUAAAGGCGGUGGAGGCAUCGGUGUGGGACAGGGAGACGAUGUUCCGUCCACAGUCCGGGUUCCUUUCUCAGCAGCUCAGCAACCAGGAGCGGUGCGAGUCCUGCCAGCUGUUCCAGCUGUUCCCAGCGUGCCUGCUCAGGAUCCCCAGACCGUGGUGGCGCAGCAGCAGCAGGCGCUAAUCAACCAGCAGGCCGUCAUCAUGGCCCAGCAGAUGACGAUGCAGGCCAUGGCCAUGGUGACCACCAGCCCCAUCUCCAGCCCUCCCACCAGUCCUCCCCCCACCCCCUACAUCCCCUACACCCCCUACACCCCCUACACCACCCUCCCCUCCAGCCCCUACUCCGUGUUACCCCCGAGCCCGUACGCCAACUUCCCCCCCAGCCCCUACGCACAGGUUACGCCUUCAUCCUACACCGUCACCUCCAGCGUCGCCUCGAACUCCGGCUUGAACCAUCAGCUAAAGACCACGCAGACGUCCAGGAACACGGCAGAAAAGGAUAAAGACCUAAAAGAAAGUGUAGAGAAGAAUCCGAACCCCGCUCCGGUGAAGGUUAUAAUAGACAAAAAGCCGGCUAAGAAACAUGCUCCAGUCGCGGUCUUGGGUCCGAUGCGAUCUGCUCCUGAUGCCGAGGUGGUGAAAUACUCCGUCUCUAACUCGGAGCAUAUCGUUCCCAGCCACAACAUAAAGGACAUCAUUAAACAUUAUCAAACUCUGCCUGAGCCUCCGCAACCGGAGAGCAGGAGAAAGGAGGGCAAAGUUUUUGCGAAGAAGGGUAACCCACACGAUGAGGCCCUACACAUUUUAAAGACUCAGACGUACAUUCCUCCUCCUCCGCAGAGAAGAGCUCCAGCUUCUGCAACUGGAUCUAGAAAAACUGGCCUUAAACCAACACCGAGCGCUAAAAAGAGAGCACCAGAACCACCGCUACAAAUACCACCAGUGUCCCGAGAUCUGCCUGUAGAAUCAGAAAGCAUCCAGACAUCGCUCCAUCUCAGCAGCGUGGACGAAUACUACACGUACACCAACGUCUCGUGGAAGCUCUACGUCAGGAAAGAGGUGUUUUACCCCAAGGACAACUGGACUCACCCACUUGUGUUGGACAUCAUAUUUAAGCAGAUCGUCAGUGACAUGUUCUCCGAGGCCUGCGUGCGCAUCACUAAAGAGGAGCGUCUGAAGAUGAAGGGCUUGUUCACCCAGCACCAGAUAGAGCAGAACACACAUGUUCAGGAUGAAGGAGUGAAGAAGGCCGUGGUCUCGGCGGCACGAAACUCGUGGGAGAUUUACUUCUCGCGUCUUUUCCCCGCAUCGGGCAGUGUAGGUACAGGGGUCCAGGUGCUGGCCGUCUCACACUCCGGAGUCAAACUACUGAAAACCGUGCACAGCAGCGCCAAGGUUCCAGACUACUUCAGAGUUCUGAGAUCAUACAGAUACGCCGACAUCCUCUUCGUCACCAUCCCGUCUCCCCACAUGCUGGAGUUUAAUUUGCUGAACGAGAAGCUGAUCCUUUUCUCUGCUAAAGCUCCACACAUCAAGCACAUGGUCGAUCUCUUCAUCUCUCAGCUGAAGGAGGACUCGGAGUACGCCGUGGCCGAGAGGAACUACAUCACCGAAGAUCUGGCCCUGCUCAGCCUCCAUAAAGGAGACAUCAUCCGCUUGCAGCCCAUGGACGGUCUGGAGGAGGGUCAGUUUUACGGAUGUGUGGUGAAGAAGAAGGUCGUCUACCUGGAGGAGGUGAACAGAGACACAACGGACUUCGGCUGGAGGUUCGAGCCCGUGAUGAGUCGCAGCGGUGCGUUCCCCGCGGACUGCGUCAUUCCGGCUUCGGCUCCGGAUUUCCUAAAUCUGCCCUCGGACAAGCAGGGAGACAUGAGGACCAGAAAGAGUCAGGAUCAUUUUGGUGAUUCUGAAGUGGACACCAGCGUCUUCCUGGACGGUCAGUACACCAUGGUGGAAUUUGCCCGCAAAUACUUCAGGCAGUGGGGCGGUGGCAAAAGUGAGAAAUCCAAGAAAGAGAAAGGAGGCGGAGACAUUGCGGAAAUGAUCAGAUUCAGCAAGAACCCCAUCCAGGAGUCGCUGAUCGAGUUCACAGAGCCGAACAUGAACCGCGUCGCCUCGGAAACAUUCCUGGCCAUCAUGAAGUUCAUGGGUGACCAUCCACUCCGAGGCCAAUCUGAGCAUUUUGUCCUCUGCACCUUUCUAAAGUUAAUUAGCGAACACGGCCUGAUGAGGGAUGAAGCGUACUGUCAAGUACUCAAACAGAUCACUGCUAACACCAGCCCGAAACCAGAGAGCAGUCAGAGAGGCUGGCGUCUGCUCUACAUUCUCACAGCAUACUCGCCGUGUUCCGAGAUCUUCCGUCCGUUCCUGCUUAAAUUCUUACAGGACGCAUGCACAGGCUCGGGGUCUCCGUUUCAAGGCAUUGCUAAAGCGUGUGAGCAGAACCUGAUGAAGACGCUGCAGUGUGGUGGGAGGAGUGUGUUUCCCAGCAGCAUGGAGCUCAAAGCCAUAGUGGCUGGGCGAAGCUCAAAAAGACAACUUUUCCUGUUUUCUGGAGGAAUUGAGCGCCACCUAAAGAUUAAAACCUGCACUGUGGCUUUGGACGUCAUCGAGGAGUUGUGUUACGAGUUGGCGUUGCAGCGGCUGGAAGCCAUGAGCGAGUACACGGUUUUCAUAGUAACACACAGAGGUCAGAACGUGAGGCCGCUGAAUAAGCGGGAAUACAUCUUAGACGUCAGCACGGAGGCCGAGAUGAUCGACAGCAGCUACAGCUUCUGGUUCAGACGUGUGAUCUGGGCUCAGGCGCUCAAGUUCGACAACGAGCUCAGCGUCACCGUUCACUACAACCAAGUUCUCCCGGACUACCUGAAAGGUUUACUGAGCGUUCUCCCGGCUGAGAAAGUCAGCGAUCAGCAGUUUCAUCAGAUCGCUAAACUCGCUGCGCUGCAGCACAGAGCCAAGGACGUCAUGGGCGCUCCCACCAUUCAUGAGCUGGUGGAAUAUAUUCCAGCCCAGGUGUUUAGCAGACAGGGACCUCAGCAGUGGAUGCACCUGCUUACACAACACACACACGCCGUGCAGAGCCUCAGCCCUCAUCAGGCCAGAUCUCAGUUCCUGGGAUUGGUGUGCGCGUUCCCCAUGUUCGGAUCGUCGUUCUUUUACAUCCUGAGUAGUAACGACAGCACCAUCUCCACCCCAUGCAUCCUGGCUGUCAAUCAAAAUGGCCUCCACUUCCUGCACACAGACACUCAUGCGGUGCUGGUGAAGUUCCCUUUGAAGCUGGUUCAGUCGGCGUACACGCAGCGGCCCAGCGCGGGAAAGAGUUACCCGUACGUGGACAUCUUACUCGGGGACACGCGGAACCACAGAACUACACAGUUACAGCUGGAACAGGGGCUGGAACUUUGUCGUGUCAUCGCCAUGCACGUCGAGAAUCUGCUGCUACGUCAAGAGAAACGGCUCACGCUUCCUCCAAGUGAAAUCACGCUCCUAUAAUAGCACUAUUGCCAUCCCAUAAUCCAUGCAGUCGUUAUAGCAACACUGUACAAGACAACACGAGCAAGUCAACUGUAACGGCGACUGGAACUGAACGUCAUCCUGCUCCAUGCUGACUCUUACAGUCGUAUUAACUCCAAACACUCCUGAUGAAGGUUUAUAUAAACAGGACACGACUGGUUUGAUGUAUAUAACGUAGGACUAUGCAAAUUUUGUAUGAAAUGUGUAAAUAUACAGUAUAUUUACGCCAUUCUGUGACG